UCAAUUUAUUCUAUUGAGUAAACUUAAGACUAUUUGUUUUCUGAUACGUUUGUCGGAUUGAUAUAACACAAGCUGCUUUCUAUUUAUAUAUAACAAACCGUUUUGAAAACUUUUGUUAUAUUAUGGAUAUUACACGAGAGGCUGUGAAUUAUUUCUAUAUGUCACAUUUUUUCAGGUCAUUAUAAUGGUUUUAAACACUUGCCAAUGCGUUGUUUCUUAUGAAUAUAUACUACUAAUAUCAUACAUAAAGUGGUUGGUCUACGUAAUAAAUGAACAAAUCCCGGAAAGAAGAUCUUGUUUAAGUACCUACAGAGACAUGUAUUUGGAAGUUAUAGAAUGCUUACAUCAAGUUAAUAAAUCCAUACAUGGUGUGCCGGCCAUUGUUGUUAUUAUUGCAGUAAAUGUCGCUGAUAUCAUUCGUGUUACAUACGCCAAUAUAUUAUUCCCUAGAAACUAUACCAAUGAUCCUUCUUCGGUUUUUUCUAUCAUGUUUUUGUUAACGAGAAUAGUCAAUAUUCUAACCUUAUACAUAAAUGGUGACUCUACGGAAAAAGAGGUAAAUCGGAUGAGUCUUGUCUUACAUCAACGAUCCGUAAUAGAAAAAAACCCUAGAAUUAAACGUCAGAUCAAGUUUUUUUUACUACGGAGAUUACACGAACACUACCAUUUUAAACUGUUUGGAAUGUAUCAUAUUAAUAUAAGUCAACUAUUUAGUUUAUCAGGCAAAGCAAUUGGUUAUUUAGUAAUCCAAAUUUUGUUCAAAUUGAAUAAAUAA